AUGGCGCUGGCCCUGUGGAUCUUCGGCCUGCUGGCCUCUGCCUGCCUGGUGUCAGCCAACAUCUUUGAGUACCAGGUGGACGCCCAGCCGCUCCGUCCCUGUGAGCUGCAGAGGGCCAGGGCCUUCCAGGAGCGAGCCGACCACGUGCCCCAGUGCGCUGAGGAUGGCAGCUUCCAGACCGUCCAGUGCCGGAGUGACGGCCGCUCCUGCUGGUGUGUGGGCGCCGACGGCAGGGAGGUGGCUGGCAGCAGGCAGCCUGGGCGGCCCGUGGCGUGCCUGUCCUUCUGCCAGCUGCACCGGCAGCAGGUCUUGCUGAGCGGCUACCUCAACGGCACGGCCGCCUCCUACCUCCCUCAGUGCCAGGAUUCGGGGGCGUACGCGCCGGUGCAGUGUGACAUGCGGCGGGAGCAGUGCUGGUGUGUGGACACGGAGGGCAUGGAGGUGUACGGGACCCGCCAGCGGGGCAGGCCCACGAGAUGUCCCAGGAGCUGUGAGAUCAGGAACCGCCGCCUUCUGCACGGAGUGGGGGACAAGUCGCCCCCCCAGUGUUCUCCGGACGGCGGGUUUCUGCCCGUGCAGUGCAAGUUUGUCAACACCACGGACAUGAUGGUCUUCGACCUGGUCCACGGUUACAACAGGUUUCCAGAUGCUUUCGUGACGUUCAGCGCCUUCCGGAGAAGGUUCCCGGAAGUGUCCGGGUACUGUCACUGCGCGGACAGUCAAGGGCGGGAACUGGCUGAGACAGGUCUGGAGCUGCUGCUCGAUGACAUUUACGACACCGUUUUCGCCGGCCUGGCCCUCGCGCCCACCUUCACGGACACCACCCUGUACCGGAUCCUGCAGAGGCGCUUCCUCGCCCUUCAGCUCGUCCUUUCCGGCAGGUUCCGAUGCCCCACGAAGUGUGAAGUGGAGCGGUUCACAGCGACCGACUUCGGUCACGCCUACGUCCCGAGCUGCCACCGAAACGGGGACUUCCAGGCGGUGCAGUGCCAGAGGGGAGGCCCGUGCUGGUGUGCGGACGCCCAGGGCAAGGAGGUCCCGGGGACUCGGCGGCAGGACGCGGCGCUGCCUUGCGCUGGCACCGGGUCCUGUUCCUCCGAGAGGCGGCGGGCCCUGUCCAGACUCCGCUUCGGGCCCUCGGGCGACCUCAGCCUCCGGGCCUCCUUCGUGACCUCCCGAAGAGGAGCCGGAGGGGCCCCGCCCUGCCCGCCCGCCAUCAAGGAGCUCUUUGUGGACUCGGGGAUCCUCCGCUCCCUCAUCGAGGGGCAGAACCCACCGUUUCCCGCCGCAGGGAGUCUCCUCCCAGAAGCCAUCCGAGGGCUUUUCCCCUCCCGCGAGCUGGCUCGUCUUGCCCUUCAGUUUACGGCCAACCCAAAGCGCCUCCAGCAGAACCUCUUUGGGGGGAGAUUCCUGGCGAACGUCGGCCAGUUUAACUUGUCGGGAGCCCUUGGCACAAGAGGCAGCUUUAACUUCAGUCAGUUUUUCCAGCGACUCGGCCUCCCAGGCUUCCAGGGCGGAGGAGGACUUGUCAAUCAAGCCAAACUCCUCUCUGCGGGACUGGAUUCGAAUCCUGCUGUGGAAAUGCCCGGAGCCGCGAAGGAAGGCAGGGCUAUGAAUAAGACAAUUGUGGGCAGCUUUGGCUUUGAGGUCAACGUGCAAGAGAACCAAAACGCCCUGAAAUCCCUCGCUUCUCUCCUGGACCUUCCGGAAUUCCUUCUGUUCCUGCAGCACGCGGUGUCCGUGCCGGAAGACAUAGCCAGGGAUUUGGGUGACGUGACGGGAAUAGUGCUCAACUCCCAGGGCUGUGAGCUGACACCCGGCGGCCUUUAUGUCCCGUCAUGCACGGCAGAAGGAAGCUACGAAGAUGUCCAGUGCUUUGCCGGAGAGUGCUGGUGUGUGGACUCCCAGGGCAAAGAACUGCCCAGCUCCAGGGUGAGAGGUGGACGGCCACGGUGCCCCACAGAGUGUGAGAAGCAAAGGGCUCGGAGGCUAAGCCUCGCGGGCAGCCAGCCCGCAGGCUCCAGUCUGCCCGUGCCUUCCUGUACCCGCCAGGGGCACUUCUUACCCGUUCAGUGCUUCGACUCCAAAUGCUACUGUGUGGACGAGGAGGGUCAGGCCAUUCCUGGAACUCAAAGUGCACCUGGGCGACCCCAGCAAUGCCCCACACCCUGUCAGCUGCGGGCCGAGCGCGCCUUCCUCAAGGCGGUGCAGACCCUGGUCUCCAACUCCAGCCUGCCGCCCGCUCUCUCCAGCGUCUACAUCCCGCAGUGCAGCGCCCGCGGGCGGUGGAGUCCCGUGCAGUGUGACGGGCCCCCCGAGCAGGCCUUCGAGUGGUACGAGCGGUGGAGGGCCCAGGACAACGGUGGCCGGGAGCUGACGGCGGCCGAACUGCUGACGAAGGUCCUGAGCUACAGAGACGCAGCCUCCGGCAGCUUCCGCCGCUUCCUGCAAAGUCUGUAUGAGGCCGGCCAGCAGGGCGUCUUCCCCGGGCUGGCCAGGUACUCCUCUCUCGGCGAGGUCCCGCCGGCCGUGCUGGACGGGAACCGGACCCGGCCCGGGGGCAGCGUCCUCCUGGAGCCCUACCUCUUCUGGCAGAUCCUACGCGGCCAGCUCCGCCGGUACCCAGGGCCCUACUCGGACUUCAGCGCCCCGUUGGCGCACUUGGACCUGCGGACCUGCUGGUGUGUGGACGAAGCCGGUCAAGAACGGGAGGGCACCCGGACCGAGCCAGGCGAGGUCCCUGCAUGUCCCGGCUCCUGCGCGGACGCGCAGCUGCGUGCUCUGCAGUUCAUCGCGGACUCGGAGGAGGUGGUCUCGGCUUCCAACAGCUCCUGGUUCCCUCUGGGGGAGAGUUUGCUGGCGGCCUCGGGAAUCCGGCUGAGCAACGAGGAGCUCGGCCUGCCCCCCGGCUCCCCACCCCGGGAGGCCUUCUCCCAGCAGUUUCUGCGCGGCAGCAAGGAUGCCCUUCGCCUGGCAGCUCAGUCCACCUUCGACUUCUAUCAGAGUCGCCGCUCUUCCCCGGCCGCCUCCUCCGGAGCGUCCCGCCUGUGGUCCAGCCCCUACGUGCCCCAGUGUGACGCGUUUGGAAACUGGGAGCCCGUGCAGUGCCACGCGGGGACCGGGAACUGCUGGUGUGUGGAUGGGAAGGGACAGUACGUGCCGGCCUCGCUGACUGCCCGCUCCUCCCAGGCCCCCCAGUGCCCCUCCGCCUGUGAGAGAGCGCGAGCCAGCGGGCUGCUCUCCAGCUGGAAACAGGCCGGGUCCCAGGGAGACCCUUCCCCCGACGACCUCUUCAUCCCAACCUGCCUGGAGACAGGAGAGUUUGCCAGGCUGCAGGGGACGGAGGCUGGCACCUGGUGUGUGGACCAGGCCUCAGGGGAGGGCACCCCGCCCCGCACGAACAGCAGUGCCCAGUGCCCGGGCCUCUGUGAAGCACCCCAGGGCGGCAUCCUCUCCGGGACGGCCGGCCCAGGCUACACCCCGGCCUGCGGGGCCGAGGACGGAGGCCGAUCCUCAGUGCAGUGCAGCCCGGCCCAGGAAAGCUGCUGGUGCGUCCUGGGCAGCGGAGAGGAGGUGCCCGGGACCCGUGUGGUCGGGAGCCAGCCGGCCUGCGAGAGCCCGCAGUGCCCGCUGCCAUUCAACACGUCGGACGUGGCCGGGGGAGUGGUCCUGUGUGAGCCCGCCUCGGGCCCAGGCGGGGCCGCUGUCCAGCGGUGCCAGCUGCUGUGUCGCCGGGGCUACCUGAGCGCCUUCCCCCUGGGGCCGCUGGAGUGCAGCCUGGAGAGGAGACGCUGGCUGUCGCAGCCGCCCCAGCCCCGGGCCUGCCAGCGGCCCCAGCUGUGGCAGACCCUACAGACCCGAGCCCAGUUCCAGCUCCGGCUCCCGCCGGGCAAGAUGUGCAGCGCCGACUACGCGGGCCUGCUGCUGGCCUUCCAGGCCUUCGUCUCGGACGAGCUCACAGCCCGCGGCUUCUGCCAGGUCCAGGUGCAGACGGUCGGGACCCCUGUUACCGUUCCUGCCUGUGACGACUCCGCGGUGCGGGUGGAGUGUCUGACCCAGGAGCGUUUGGGAGUGAAUGUCACGUGGAAGUUGCGGCUCGAGGACGUCCCACCAGCCUCUCUCCCCGAUCUGCGUGACAUCGAGGAAGCCUUGGCCAAGGGCCUCGCGGGGCGCUUCGUGGAUCUGAUCCGUAGCGGCGAGUUCCAGCUGCAUCUGGAUGCCAAGACGUUCCCAGCAGACACAUCCCUCCGCUUCCUCCAUGGGGACAGCGUGGGCACCUCGCCCAGGACCCGCUAUGGGUGCUUGGAAGGAUUCCACCCAGUCUCGGCCCCCAGCGACGCCAGCCAGGACCCACUGGGGUGCGUGAAGUGUCCCGAAGGAAGCUACUCCCAGGACGAGCAGUGUGUUCCCUGUCCCGCUGGAUUCUACCAGGAACAGGCCGGGAGCUUGACCUGCACCCCGUGUCCUGUGGGCAGAACCACCAUUUCCGCCGGCGCGUUCAGUCGGACUCACUGCGUCACCGACUGUCAGAGGAACGAGGCUGGCCUGCAGUGUGACCAGGAUGGCCGGUACCGCGCCAGCCAGAGGGACAGGGACAGUGGGAAGGCCUUCUGUGUGGACGACGCAGGGCAGAGGCUGCUGUGGUCCGAAACGGAGGCCCCGCUCAUAGACUCCCAGUGUCUCAUGAUGCAGAAAUUUGAGAAGGUUCCGGAAUCGAAGGUGGUCUUCGACGCCGAGGUUGCCGCGGGAGUCAGGUCCCAAGUUCCUGGCUCUGAGUUCCCCCUGGCGCAGUGCCUGGCAGGCUGUGCCGUGGAUCCAGCCUGCAGCUUCCUCACAGUGUCCACGGUGGGGUCAGACGUCUCCUGUGACUUCUAUGCUUGGACAAGUGACAGCAUCGCCUGCACAGCUUCUGGUCAGGGUCAAGGCGCGGCGGGGAACGCCAAGGCCACCGGCUUUGGAAGUCUCAGGUGCCAGGUGAAGGUGCCGCCCAGGGACCAGGGCUCUGUGGCUGUGUAUCUGAAGAAGGGCCAAGAAUUCAGCACGAGAAGUCGGAAAAGCUUUGAACGAACCGGUUUCCAAAACUCGCUCUCGGGGAUGUACAGCCCCGCCGUGUUCGAGGGCCCGGGGGCCAGUCUGACGGAGGCGCACCUCUUCUGCCUCCGUGCGUGUGACCGGGACGCGUGCUGCGAUGGCUUCAUCCUCACGCAGGUCCAAGGAGGUCCCAUCGUCUGUGGCCUGCUGAGCUCCCCCGACAUCCUGCUCUGCCAUGUCCAAGACUGGAGGGACCCCUCCACAGCCACGGCGAAUGCUACAUGUCCCGGGGCGACAGCCGGCCAGGGCAGCCGCCUGGGGACACUGCUCCUGGGCGGCCAGGAGUUCCAGGGUGAGCCUGAACCCCGGGAAGGGACUCAGGGCCCCCUGACCAGUUUCCAGCAGGUCUAUCUCUGGAAAGAUUCUGACAUGGGGUCUCGGUCCGAGUCCACAGGCUGUAGAAGGGACAUGGGACCAAUGUCAGCACCUCCACCAGAAGCAGAUAUGACGUCACAGCUCUUCUCCCCUGUGGACCUUACCCAGGUCGUUGUCAGUGGGAACCGGUCCCUGCCCAGCCGGCAGCACUGGCUGUUCAAACACCUGUUCUCACCUCAGCAGGCAAACCUGUGGUGCCUUUCCCGCUGUGCCCAGGAGCCCUCGUUCUGUCAGCUGGCCGAGAUAAGAGACAGCGCGCCCUCGUACUUCACCUGCACCCUCUACCCAGAGGCCCGGGUGUGUGAGGAUGUCCUGGAGCCACGUCCCACGGGCUGCAGGCUGAUCCUGCCCCGCAGGCCGAGCGCCCUGUUCCGGAGGAAAGACACCCCUCUGCUCGGCUUUGGGACAUCGGCACCUUCUGUGACCAUCACCCCCCACGGCCAGCUGCUGGGCAGGUCCCAGGCCAUCCAGGUGGGCACUUCGUGGAAGCAAGUGGACCAGUUCCUGGGAGUGCCCUAUGCUGCCCCGCCCCUGGCGGAGGGCCGCUUCUGGGCACCGGAGCCCUCCAACUGGACCGGGUCCUGGGCUGCCACCAAGCCGCGGGCCCGCUGCUGGCAGCCAGGGGUCAAGACGCCCACACCGUCCGGGGUCAGCGAGGACUGCUUGUAUCUCAACGUGUUUGUCCCUCAGAACGUGGCCCCCAACGCGUCUGUACUGCUGUUCUUCCACAACAUGGAGGCCGGGGCCGACGACGGGAGCCUCGCCCUGGACGGCUCCUUCCUGGCUGCUACUGGCCACCUCAUCGUGGUCACUGCUGGCUACCGAGUGGGCAUCUUCGGCUUCCUGAGCGCUGGGGCCGGCGCAGUGAGUGGCAACUGGGGGCUGUUGGACCAGGUGGCGGCUCUGACCUGGGUGCAGACCCACAUCGCAGCGUUUGGCGGGGACCCUCGGCGGGUGACCAUGGCAGCCGACCACGGUGGAGCCGACGUGGCCAGCAUCCACCUUCUCACCGCCGGGGCUGGCGGCUCCAGACUCUUCCGGAGAGCCGUGCUGAUGGGUGGCUCCGCGCUCUCCCCCGCCGCCGUCAUCAGCCCAGAGCGGGCACAGCAGCAGGCAGCUGCCUUGGCACAGGAGGUCGGCUGCCCCGCCUCGCCCAUCCAGGAAAUGACAUCCUGCCUCCGCCAGAAGCCCGCCGACGCCCUCAACGACGCCCAGACCAAGCUCCUGGCUGUGAGUGGCCCCUUCCACUACUGGGGCCCCGUGCUCGACGGCCAGUUCCUGCGAGAGGCUCCGGCCAGAGCGCUGCAGAGGGCGCCGCGGGCCACGGUCGACCUGCUCCUCGGGAGUUCGCAGGACGACGGGCUCAUCCGCCGGGCGAAGGCCGUGAAGCAAUUUGAGGAAAGUCAAGGCCGGACCAGUAGCAAAACAGCCUUCUACCAGGCGCUGCAGAACUCGCUGGGUGGCGAGGACGCGGACCCGGGCGUGCUGGCCGCCGCCACGUGGUACUACUCCCUGGAGCACUCUGCCAACGACUACGCCUCCUUCUCCCGGGCCCUGGAGAACGCCACCCGGGACUACUUCAUCACCUGCCCCGUGAUCGACAUGGCCCGCCACUGGGCGAGGAGGGCCCGCGGAAACGUGUUCCUGUACCACGCUCCCCAGAGCUACGGCCACGGCAGCCUGGAAGUGCUGGCCGACGCCCAGUAUGCCUUCGGGCUGCCCUUCCACCCUGCCUACGGGGGGCAGUUCACUCCGGAGGAGAAGCACACAGCGCUGAAAGUCAUGCAGUACUUCUCCAACUUCAUCCGAUCCGGGAAUCCCAACUACCCGCACGAGUUCUCACGGAAAGGGCCUGAAUUCGCAGUCCCCUGGCCCGACUUCGUCCCUGGCACCAACGGGGAGAACUACAAGGAGUUCAGCGCCCAGCUCCCCAAUCGACGGGGCCUGAAAAAGGCCGACUGCUCCUUCUGGUCCAAGUACAUCCGGUCCCUGAAGGUGCCUGCAGAUGAAGCCAAGGAUGGGCUGUCAGCAGGGAGUGAAGAGGAGGAGCAGCCGGCUGGCUCUGGCCUGAGAGAAGACCUCCCAGAUCCAGGCUCCAAGAGCUACAGCAAGUGACCAAUCCCGAGACUUCCACCCACCCU